AUGGCUUCGCUAACAACAAUCACUAGCGAACUCCAAAUUCAUAUCGCAAGACAUUUAGACAUUGAAGCACUCCUCGCUCUGUCCCUUGUGUCAAAGCAGUUAUGCUCAAUUGCGCAGGACGUUUUGUACGUUGAUGUCAGCCUCCAAGAGAACAUCACCGAAAAUGCGAAAGUACACUCCGACAUCCGCAGUUUCUAUUACACUAUGAAAACACGACCACAUCUCUGCCGCAGAGUCCGCCAUCUUUCUAUGGUCCCACAUGAUGCACGGCUGAAGCUCAUAGUCCCUGCGGAGAUAUUCACUGGCUUAGGGUUGGUGCCUGCUGUCAUAAUCAAGGUCAGCGAAGCUGCAUUGGCAGGCAUACUCCUUACGAUGCUACCCAAUCUGACAUCAUUGAACAUGACAAUGAUUGCUUACGAUCAGAACGGUGAGAUGCCGAUAUUGGCUAGUAAUCCGAUACAACGACUAUUUGGCACGGAAUUUGAUCCUCAGCAGCUGCGGAAUAUUCCAGGGCUAAAAAAAGUCGAAACAUUGCGAUUAUGGGCUCCUACCAUUGAGUCUCAUUGGAUGACUUUGCCUCAACUGAGUCAACUCUACCUGCAUCCUGAAGGCAUUCGAGCCCUCAGCGACCGAGGGGCGGGUCUUCUUGAGAUUGAGUCGGUUGUGGAGCUUCUUCCAUUAUCGCUCCCGAAGCUUACGGCUUUGAGCCUAACAGUCAAAACAACAUGGCUAACUCCGCAAAAUCGUCCACAAAACCAUUCACAGCCAGUCCAUGGGUUUCCAGAGUUGCUGAGAAGAUUACCCGGUAUCACCAAUCUUGAGAUCUUCUUUGAGAAUAGCGAGGAUGCUGGAGAUAUGUCCAGCGUCACGGACUGCAACGAGCUCGGUAAGACGCUAGCCGUUUUCACACAGACGCUCCGAGCCCUCACUAUUCACACGCUACCUGAUGACGGUCAGAUUCUUCCAAUACAGCGACUCAAUCACUUCACGAAGUUGCAAGAGCUUAGUAUAAGCGAGGACGCUCUCCUCGAUGACAAUACCCAUCUCGAAUAUGCUGACGAGCCCGGGAUGCCUCCCAUCACUCAGCUACCCCCACAGCUUGAGAGACUCGAGAUAUUCCGCGUGUCGGAAAGAGUACUGGAAUUUUGGGACUUUCUCAUUUCAAAUGUAGAAGGCUUUCCGAAUCUGAAGACCGUCGUGCUGCACACUGAUCUGAGACGGACAAGGAUACCUGUGUGGAGGGUAGGGGGUAGUUAUUUAGGCUAUACGCAAACCAGGCUAGAAAAGUGGUUGUCAUGGGUAGUGGAAUUUUCGUUCAGGGAUGUCGGUCUGGACGUGGUGGUUUGGUACCUUGGGGAAGAAUAG